AUGAAAAUUGGUUUAGAACUCAACGCCUUUCCGCUCUAUUUUAGCAUUUCCGUCGACUCCGUCUUAUGCAGUAAAAUAAGCGAGAAAACAAAGUCCGGUGAUUCGGAAGGGGCAGGGGGCGUGGCCAGCCCCGUUCCAACGCGGACACACACACACACGAACACGCGUUCUCACACACAUAACUCCGCUGUGGCGAGCACGGUCCUCCAGAAAGAGCUCCGCCGGCUGCUCGGACGACAACCCAGCCGCCACCAGCCACCACCCCCAUCUCGGCGAGAGGAAAUGAAGAGGAGGCUGCACAAGAAAUACUUGAUUUUGAUACUGGCAUAUUCGGGCUUGCUUCUGCUAAUCCCCUACGUGUUAGAUUACCGGGACAGAUCGGCCCAGCACGCCAAACCGCCGCAGCAACAGCCCAGAUGCCCGGAUUUGGAGAACACGGUGGCGCUCCUGUGGGAUAACGGCAACCGGGGCAACGGCAGCGAUGCGGCGGAGCACGCCGCCAACCGGAGCCAGUCCCGGAUCCACAUCUACCUGCACGCCACCUGGAGGACCGGCUCCUCCUUCCUGGGGGAGCUGUUCAACCAGCACCCGGACGUCUUCUACCUGUACGAGCCCAUGUGGCACAUCUGGCAGGCGCUGUACCCCGGGGACGCGGGCAGCCUGCAGGGCGCCGUGCGCGACAUGAUGGGCGCGCUCUACCGCUGCGACUUCUCCGUGCUCAAACUUUACGCCGGCACGCAGAACGUCACCACCUCCUUCAUCUUCGGCUGGAAGAUGAACACGGUGAUCUGCUCGGAGCCGCUGUGCGGCGGCGGCGGCCGCAGUCGCCACGACGUCGGGCUGGUGAGGGAGGAGCAGUGCGCCAAGUGCCAGCGGAGGGACCUGAGGGAGCUGGAGAGGGAGUGCAGGAAGUACCCGGUGAUGGUCAUCAAAGGGGUCCGCGUCCUGGACCUCAGCACGCUGGUCCCGCUCAUGAGAGACCCGGCCGUCAACCUCCAGGUCAUCCAGCUCUUCCGGGACCCCAGGGCCGUCCACAACUCCCGCCUCAAGUCCAAGCAGGCCCUGGUGAAGGAGAGCAUCCAGGUCCUGAGGAGCAAGAAGCAGAGCGACAAGUACAAGCGGCUCCUGGUGCCCAGCAACCGGAUGAACCGGGCCGAGAGCUACGUGUCCAGCGCCAUGGAGCUGAUCUGCGACAACUGGCUGAGCGACAUGAUGCUGGUGGCCAACUCGCCGCCGUGGGUGCGGCGGAACUACCUCCGCCUGCGCUACGAGGACCUGGUGCUGCGGCCCAUGGAGGAGCUGCAGAGGCUCUACCGCUUCUCCAACCUGUCCAGCUUCCCCGCGCUGGACCGCUUCGCGCUCAACAUGACGCGCGGCCAGGGCUACUCCUCGGACAAGCCCUUCCUCAUAUCGUCCAGGGACGCCAAGGAGGCCAUCUACGCCUGGAGGGAGCGGCUGAACGUGGAGCAGAUCGGGCAGGUGGAGGCCUACUGCAGCGAGGUCAUGAGGCAGCUGGGGGUCCUUGUAUUCACAGCUGAGAGGGCAAAAGGUGGAAUGACAAAACAAGCUCCAGGAAUGCGGUCGGCCAGGAGCUCUGGAGCGUGCGCCUCCUGGGUUGUUUUCCCCUCAACCCCGAGCGGGGUCGCUGAACUGGAGAAAAAUCGGCACGGAGACGGAGAAAAAGAGAGAGAGAGAGAGAACAGCCAGUCGCAGAAGGGUGUGUUUGAAACGAGGAGAAAGCCGCUUUAUUUUUUUUACUGUGCUGAGACCGACGGGGUCCGUGCAGAUUGA